AUGGAAGGCGACCUGUUUAAGUACAAAGGAAACAUCACAAAGAUUGUGCACCCGUACCUUACCCCUACUGUACGUGAGAUGAAGCAGAGAUACAUGGAAAAUUUUAAGACAUACACGAAAGAAGUUAAGGAUACAUCCAUCGAUGCGUUGAAGGCGAAGCUAAAAGGCGUGACUGUCCUGACUUCAUCAGCGGAGGUUGCGGACGAAGACAAAGAUUUGGGUGGCCACCAUUAUGUUCCAAGUCCACCACACCCUUUUAAUCAUGCUGGUUCAAGUGGACUUAAAAUUUCACCAGACGCUUCUAAUGACGAUGACCUACGCGAGCGUGUUGCCUUGCUUGAGAAAAUCGUAUUGACGGACAUGGCUGCAGCAGAUGAAAAAAGUAAAAAAGAGAAGAAAGAAGAAGAAACGGAAGAGGAGAAUGCAAUAGAUGAAGAAGAAGAAGAAGAAGAAGAAGAAGAAAAAGAGAAGAUGAGGAGAUGA